UAAGACAGCCGCUGUUGUAGAAACAGCUCUGUCAAAGAGAUCUUCAGAAAUGGCUAACCCUGAAACAAGCAGACCGGAAAAGCAGUCUGAAGAACUGGUACUGAAAGACUCAAUUCCUGUAGCAAAUGGAGAACCAACCUGUAAGAAGUGUGGGGGAGUAGAAGUGAAAAACGAAGCAGAGCUGCUUUCAGAACCUGAAAUAGAAGACCUCUCCUGCAGUGCAGCCAACUUCACAAACAACCUGUCUGUAAAUGGCUCUAAGGAGGAGCCACCAGACCACAAUGGCUUGACGAGUGAAGGGGACAUAGCAGCUGAGGAAGAGGUUCUUUGUGAUUUCUGCUUGGCAGAGAAGAGUCAGGCAGUGAAGUCUUGCUUGACCUGCAUGGUCAAUUACUGCCAAGAUCAUUUGCGCCCACACCGGGAGAUCGCCAAACUGCAGACCCAUAAGCUUAGGGACCCACUGAAGGACAUUGACAUGCAGAGCUGCGAGGCCCAUAAGAGGCACCUGAGUUGGUUCUGUCAUAAUGACCUUGCAUGUGUCUGUGAGGAGUGCCUUGCUGAUGAACAUCAGGGGCACAGGACUGUGGCCUGUACGGUAGCCAGGAAAGAAAAAGAGUAUGAACUUCUUCAGAUCCAAGCAGAGUACAACUGGAAACUGAAUUCAGCUGAAAAUGGAAUUGUCAAACUGCAGAAGAAUUCAGAGUCCAUUGUGAGUUCAGUAUCUGAAGUGAAAGCCAUGGUGGAAGGGCAUUUUGAACAACUGUUGCAAGCAGUGAAGAAGGCCCACUGUGAGGUGCUGGCUUUCCUAGAAGAGAAGGAGCAUGCUGCAGUUAACCAUGCCAAUGGUAUAAAGACCCACCUUGAAAAGAAGCGAGUGGCCAUGGAGGAAUGUAAGAACAGGCUGGAGAAGAUGUUCACUCACACCAAUGACAUCCUCUUUUUAAAGGAAUACUGUGAAUUCAAGAAGAGUGCCGAAGAUGACACGUUGCCCAGUGUAUAUAUUGGCUUAAAAGAUAAGUUGUCUGGGAUCCGAAAGAUUGUCUCAAAUUCAACUGAACAUCUUUUACAACUUUUACAAACUACCUACAAGGACAAGUUGAAAGAGUUUGCCAAAGAUGAGGAUGCUGGUAUCAAAACAAUGGUGUCUGCAAUUGUCCCAUCCAAACAUCGCCUGUCGGCUCCAGAACCCAAGAGCAGGAGCGACUUCCUUAAAUAUACCUUUCCAUUAACAUUUGACCCAGUCACAGCUCAUCGGUACUUGAGGCUGAUGGACGACAACCACAAAGUCACAAACACCACACCCUGGGAGCACCCAUACCCAGAUCACCCAGAGAGAUUUCAGCACUGGCGCCAAGUUCUAUCAGGCAAGAGCUUGUACAUUGGGCGCUACUACUUUGAAGCUGAGAUAUCGGGGGCUGGUGUUUACAUUGGCAUGACGUACAAGAGCAUUGAUCGGAAAGGUACCGAGAGCAACAGCUGUAUCUCAGGGAAUAACUUUUCCUGGUGUCUUAAGUGGAAUGGCAAGGAGUUCUCUGCUUGGCACAGCGAUGUGGAGACACCACUGAAAACCGAGGGAUUUGGCAGGAUAGGUGUCUAUCUGGAUUAUCCCAGGGGCACCCUUUCCUUUUACGGCAUCGCUUUGGAUGCCACGAUGACUCGUCUGCACCAAUUUGAGUGCAAGUUUGCUGAACCACUGUACCCUGCUUUUUGGUUACCGAAGAAGGAAAACUGUGUGCAAAUUGUCAAGUUACGGGAAGAAGCUGAACAGAAUCAAGUACCUCCUAUUCUCUCAGGAGAAGCAGCAGCAAGUACAAAAUCUGUUGAUUCAUAACAGAGUCCUGGGAAAUACUUACUGAAUGUAGAUCAGUUUGUACAAGUCUGUCAUUGAAUACAUUAUGUAUUGCCAUAUUUGUGAUUUAAUUGCUUAUAAGCCCCAUUAAAAAUAUUUCAUAAUUGAGCAACAAAACAAAAAAAUGGUUUAAAUGGUAGCAUUUUAAGGACUUAAUUCUUCUUCAUAAUGAACUUCCUUUGGAAGAAAGUAUGCUAGAACCUUAUGGUGCCUUAGAAAAAAUGUUCUUACUUGCCUUGGAGG